GACGAAGAAGAAGAAGUUGAAGUAAACCCGCUAUAUGAGAAGAUCGCUGCAUGUUGUUUUAAAUCAAUGACCACAUUCUGACUGAUUUGACAAAGUAUUCAAGCCUUUACUAUCACACACAAUGCGUACUUGCACAUACGACUGGGGGACUUCAUAACACGCGUCAGAACCAGCCGAAUCUUAAAUGUUGAACCUGGACAAGCUGGUUCGUUAAUGGUGAGAAAGAAAGUCUCUGAAAAUGGAGGAGGUGAUGAUGGACUCGGACUCUGUGGAAAUGUCUGGAUCCGGCCCGCAUCGCGGGGUAGCUGAUGCGUGGGAAACCGUCUCCAGGGCGCUGGUGUCUCCCGGCUGCUCGGUGUCAGAGGAGAACCUCUCGGACUGCCUGUCCCUGCUGUGCAAUCAUGGUCUCGGCCAGCUGCUUGGUGUCUGGCUGCUGGAGACGUUGCAGAUGUAUCUCUCGUCCUCCGUGGUUCCAGAGUUUUGGUCUGGACUGAAACAGCCAGAAAAUGAGUUGGAGGAGCGGGACAGGAUCCUGGUUCUCCUCACUGCCUUCAGGACUCUGCUAGACCGUCUGGAACCUUUCCUGAGUGGUUUGGAGAAGCUGGGGACGUGGCAGGACGAGGGUCGCAGUGGUCUCUGCGGGCCUGGGCCUAAGGCCCUCAAGGAGCGGGCCUUCACCACCAUCAGGGCCCUCCUGCUUUUCUCCCCAGCUCCCAUCCUCCAGGAGCGUGUGCUGGAGUUUUACAGCAGGACCUUCUCUGUCUACAUGAACCGGGAGGGGGGCAGUGAAGAUGGGGCCGAGGCCCCGGACGGCCCCGAGGGGGCGGCCUGCCGGGGCUGUGGGGUCCCGACACAACAGUGCUGGUGUCAGGAGGCUCUGAAACAGCUGCAGGACCUCAGCCACAUUCUAUCGAAACUGCAGCUGCUGGAGUGGGUCAGCUCCGAGGCCGUCACCUCCAUCCUCCACAAGCUCAUUGAGCAGCGCAUGGAGCAGCAUUGCCGGGGCGAGUACGAGCGCUCCUUCCUGCUGGAGUUCCAGGAGUGGCUGGAGCUGGUGCUCGGCUGGCUGAGCAAAGUGUUUGCCAGUGAAGCAGACGGAGACUCGUCGAUCCCGCGGACUCCCAGUGCUCCCAGUACUCCCGGCGUCCAGCCCGCCAGCCCCAUCAUGAAGCAGUGGAGAUGCCACAUGCAUCAGUUCUUCUGCAGGAUCUACGUCAACAUGAGGAUUGAAGAGCUCUUCAGCAUCAUCAGAGAUUUCCCAGAAUCGAAAGCUGCUAUUGAGGAUCUGAAGUUUUGCCUGGAAAGAACCAACCAGCGGCAGCAGCUCCUCACGUCACUCAAAUCUGCCUUCGAAAGCCGUCUGCUGCACCCGGGUGUUCACACGGCUGACAUCCUCACCGUUUACAUCUCUGCCAUCAAAGCCCUCAGAGAGCUCGACCCGUCCAUGGUCAUCCUGCAGGUCGCCUGCCAGCCCAUCAGAAAGUACCUCAGGACUCGGGAGGACACGGUGAGGCAGAUCGUUGCCGGUCUGACCGGAGACGCAGACGGCUGCACCGACUUGGCCUCAGAGCUGUCCAGGGGAGACCCGGUGACUCUGGAGAUGCAGGACAGUGAUGACGAAGGGAACGACCCAGAGGACUGGACUCCAGACCCGACCGACUCGGUGCCUGAUAAACUGGGCUCAAAGCGGCGUUCGUCUGACAUCAUCAGCCUGCUGGUCAGCAUCUACGGCAGCAAGGACAUCUUUAUAGACGAGUACCGAGCUGUGCUGGCGGACAGGCUGCUGCAUCAACUCAACUACAACACCGCCAGGGAGAUUCGUAACGUGGAGCUGCUGAAGCUGCGGUUCGGCGAGUCCCACAUGCACUACUGUGAGGUCAUGCUGAAGGACAUGGCGGACUCUCGCAGGCUCAACAGCAACAUCCGCGAGGAGGAAUCGAGGCUGAAGGAGGAGGAGCAGCCGCCGCUGUCUCUGUCUGCCAUCAUCCUCUCAUCCGAGUUCUGGCCCGCGCUGAAGGAGGAGAAGCUGGAGCUCCCCCCCGUCGUGGUGCAGGCCAUGGAGGCGUACACUCACCGCUACGAGAAACUCAAGGCCAUGAGGACGCUGAGCUGGAAACCUCAUCUUGGCUCGGUCACUCUGGAUGUGGAGCUGGAAGAUCGAACCUUAACCAACCUCACCGUUUCCCCCAUCCAUGCUGCCAUCAUCCUGCACUUCCAGGAUAAGAGCUCCUGGACGCUGGAGGAGUUGAGUGCAAAGCUUGGUGCCCCGAAGGAGCUGCUGCACAGGAAGUUGGCUCUGUGGCAGCAGCACGGCGUCCUGAGGGAGGAGGCGGGCGGCCGCUACUACGUGGUGGAGACGGGCUCCUCCAAAGAGAAGGUGGAGAGAGGCAUGAUGCUGAUCGACAGCGACGAGGAGAGGGACUCCAACACCACCACCCAGUCUGAGCAGAGGGAGGAGAAGCUGCAGCUGUUCUGGGCCUACAUCCAGGCCAUGCUCACCAACCUGGACAGCAUGACGCUGGACCGCAUCCACUCCAUGCUGAGAAUGUUUGUUGCUACGGGGCCUGUCGUCACGGAGAUGGACGUCAACGAGCUGGAGGCUUUCCUGCAGAGGAAGGUCAGGGAGCAUCAGCUGAUAGUGUCGGGGGGCGUCUACAGACUCCCAAAAUCCAACUGAUGAAGGUCGACGCGCAGCGUUCAAGUACACGGGGAAGACUCCAGCACUGCAGACUGUUAACGAGACACCGACCAUGAAAAUGCCUCAAGCUGCAUGUUUUAUAGUGACAAAUAUCUGCUGAAGGCAGAGUCUUUGGUUUAUCCGCAUUUUCCCAAAGUGACUUGAAUGCAGCACCAUGUUCUGCAGUGAGGAUGUUGUGAAGUGUGACGAUGUACAGGAGUCUUCGGGGUGCUAUAAAAGCUCUUUCACACGGAAACAUUUUACAGACAAUGCAAGUUGCUUUUUUUUUUUUUUUUUUUUAAAGCUCUCCAAAAUUUUGUCAGUGUUGUCAGGAUCUUAUAAGGGUAAUAAACAAGUGUGUGUGUGUGAUCCAGGACGUUAAUUCAGUGUUUGGUAUGUGGUCCCAAACAGUUCACCACAAAAUGUUUAUA